GUGUCCAAAUGAAGGAUGUAAAAAGAAGCUCACCAGGCGAGAUAUGAACAAUCACAUGAUAACGGAAUGUGUCCGGAGGGAAGUUAGUUGUGAAUAUUGUCGAGGAUCAUUUAUCGUGGAAAACAAGCAGUUUCAAAGAACAAGGACCAAAUCUCUCUUAGAAUCACACAUGGAAAGCCACUUGAACUUAGCUGUAUGCAGCCUUGAGACCACUCAGAAUCAGGUUAAAGAUCAGUCAAAGCAGAUUGAGCGAUUGACAUCUAUAUUCAAUGAUAAGUCACAGCAGUUGAAUGAUCAGUCACAGCAGAUAGACAGUUUAACGUCCACUAUGCAGGGUCUGGUGCAGCAGGUAGAAAGCCUGACAGGCCAAGCUGUGCUGGUGGACAAAACAACCAACCAAACCAAUGACGAGACAAACAAGAUAGGGGCAACUAAUGACAAGAGUGAAGAGGGUAAUACUAUGAAACAGGGCUUCAAGCCUAAAUCAAUCAAUGAUAUUGAAGUUGGUAUGAAGGUAUUGUUUAGUUCGCUUGGGAAACUUCGAGGAACAGUCAAGUACGUUGGACCUGUAUGUGGACUAGGUUUGGUCGUCGGCAUAGUGUUAGAUCCAGGUGAAGAAGAACCGGUUUGGUUAGGUUACCGUGGGUGCAACGGAACGUAUGAGGGAAAAAGAUACUUUAGCUGUGCACCUGGUAGAGGCUGCUUCACCACGUUUGAUAACGUUCUUAAGUGUUACAGAUGACGAUAUCAGUAAUGUGGCUGCUGUUUCUUUGCUUCCAAUGUGAAAGAACAAGAAAAGUCAGAACAGUCUCUGUCUACCACCUUGAGAUGUUCGCCCACUGUUCAAAAGAGAUUUCGUCGACCAAUCACAGCAACUACUCCUUGGUCUACCGUCUGUUUGUAAAUUCAAUAGAAGUUAACAGGCUUGUCAUAAGGCUCGUAGAAUUUCAAAUAUUUUACAAACGUAUGGUAUUAAAGUAGAUACCAUAGAUUCUUAAUUUCCAGAUGUUUCUUCAAGAUAUUAUUAAAUAAACUUUCUUGCUAAUUCAUAA